CUUUAGAGGGCGAUGGAAGGAAUUCAUUAUAGUGAGAUACUUGCUGUGGAAGAAGCUGUCUGUCUGACAGCGACAGCGGCGAGCACUGAAGUCUUUUAAAACACAUCAUCAUGACAACAGUCCAAGUGCCUGGUACUCCACGUGAGACGUCGUGGAUCUCCGCGUGUCCCGGGGGUCUGUGGGAGGUUCGCCGGCGAUGGCUUGGAGAAAGACAACGAGGGGACUUCACGCCGAUGCUGGGCUCACUGUGUAAGGUCAAGGUGCGGCGAAGUACUGCUACGGAGGGAGAAACGCAACAUACUGCUUCUCAAGAGCAGGAGUCAACAGCCAGCGUUGAUUCUAGCGAGCAAGCUACCUCUCACCCCCGCUCGCAGGACUCUGUGCUGCAGCUCCCGCUGGAUGAGUGGUGCUUGUUGCGCAUGGGCGAAGGGCAGUGUGACAUUACAGAGGGCUGCCUGGAAGGGAUGAAGGCUGGAGAGAUGUGUGAGUUUACAAUAAGUGCCUGGAAUGCAAGCAACUGCAAAUCAGCGGGCAGUGAUGCUAAUGGUACCCAGACUGAAAAUACAACAGGACAGGGAUCAUCUCAGCAGUCUGACUGCUUUACACUUCAGCUUCACUCUUUAACCCCAGGGCAGGAGUCUUGGCAGAUGACACCUGGAGAGAAAUGGGCUUGGGUGCGGUCUCACAAGCAAAGGGGUGGUCAGCGGUUUGGGAAGGGAUAUAUCUGGGGCGCGGCAGACUGCUACUGUAGAGCGGUGAAGCUAGCGAUAACUUUAAAUGGCAAAACAAGGAGAAAGCCAGUGGAUGAAGUGUCUAAAGAAGGUAUGGAGGAAGAGGAUGAUGAUGAUGCAGCCUUGACGCCAUGCUUUGAUCAAGAAAAUGAGCAGGCAGGUGCUGAUAUCUCCAUUCCAACUGAGGAGGAGUACAAAAUUGUAAAAGCAGAACUUCACUGCAAUCUUUCUUUAUGCCAGUUUAAGUUAGGCCAGCUUGGUAAAUCCAGAAACAGCAGUAUCAAGGCCACUGAGCUGAACCCAAAGAGCAGUAAGGCCUGGUACCGGCUUGGGCAAGCUUGUCUGCAGCUGGGCGAACUGGAGGAAUCUCACAUGGCCUUUGGAAAGAUUCUGGAACUCCAGCCUGAUUCUGCAUCAGCUCGCACUGCUCUGAAACAAGUGAACUCCAAAUUAAAGGAUUUAGACAGUAAACUCGGUCAAAGGCUGAGCAAGAUGUUUAACUAGAAAAUAACAAAGUUGGGAAUUACAAAAGCAGAACAUGUGCAUAUGUAUAAACAUUAUAAAAACUGUUAAGUGCCCAGAAGUUGUCUUGGGUCUUUCCUUGUAGCUUAAAGGAUUAGUACACUUCCAGAACUAAAAUUUCCUGAUUAUUGACCCCCCCACCCCCCAUAUCAUCCAAGAUGUUCAUGUCUUUCAUUCUUCAGUCGAAAAGAAAUUAAGGAUUUAGAGGAAAACAUUCCAGGAUUUUUCUCCAUAUAAUGGACUUCAAUGUUUGCCAAAGGGUAGAAGUUCCAAAUUGCAGUUUCAUUGCAGCUUCAAAGGGCUCUACAUGAUACCAGAUGAUAAAUAUGGGUCUUAUCUAACAAAACGAUCUGUUAUUUUAUUAAAAACAAAAGCAAGUGCUAGCUCAACCUCACACAUUAUGUAGUCAUGUUGGAAAGGUGACGCACGUUAGCUCUUCGCCUGUGUACUCCAGUUCAAAAAGGUAGGGUAGGGGCGAAAAACUCCAC